AUGGGACAUCCGCCACCCCAGUGGCAGAGCCUAAUCGUGGCUCACGAUAUGGCGACUGACCAGUGCAACGGUAUCAGGAGGGGAACACCUCCCAUGAUCCAAGUGGCCGCGGCCGAUACCUGCCGCCAGGCCUUCGUCCAACUGGACAUGGCCGCGAUGAACACCUGCGCCGGGUGGAAGGAAGCUAUGUGUCGCCCAGUUCUAGGACCUACAGGCCAAGAACGCUACGAAUGUACCAUCAAGAUGCCGCGGUGCUGGAACAACCUAUUCACAGGGACAAGAUCCAGGACCCUCCUCGAAUGCACGUACAGGACCGUCGCCGAGAUGAUCAACAGGAGAAGCCGAAAACGUCUGCGAUUUAACACUGAUGGUGCCAGUGGCUCAGGGUAUGCUAGUGCCAGCGGCUCAGGGUAUGCUGGUGCCAGCGGCUCAAGCCGUUCAAGUCCACCGCCACGCUAUCAGAUUCCUUCAAUCCCUCCAACUCCUCAGAAUCCCUCAAUCCCGUACGAUCCUACACCUCUUCGUGAUCCGGAUUUCACAACAGAUGCCUUCUCGCACCAGGAUCCGACAAACGGUCGCGGAAUAACUCCUCGAUACCCUUCAACCCCUGCACCCUCUAUGUUCGGGGGAGGUUCGUUUUCCAUACCCUCACUACCUCCAACGCCUCAACAAUAUUCACCCCCUGCGGACCCUACUUUUCUCAGGGAUGAUACAUUUGGUGUGGAUGAAGUACCAUACGAAACACUUUUAUUCGAUGCCGAUCCAGCGGAACAACUUCCACCUGCAGGUACGCAAAGAAAAGGAAAGCGCAAAGUCUCUUCCAGUGAUAUAGGAGCAACUUUCCAGUGCAAAGAGCCCACGUGCGCCAAUAGGUCUUUUGAUACUCGCAAGCAGUUCAUGGACCACGUGAGAUAUCACGAGAAGAAACGUCAAGAAGUGAAACCAACGUGCCCUCAAUGCGGGCUCCCCUUCCCCUCGCCGCAAGCCGUGACUUACCAUUGGAACAAGGAACACAACCCUCUAGCAGCGCCAAAACAACCGGAUCCAUCGAAAUCGUAUGUAUGCCCUUACGAUCAUUGCGACAGACGUUAUUCAACCGGCUACAGACUACAACAACACCUAAAAUCUCACGUAGGAAAAGCAGACUGCCCUUAUUGCAAGAAGCACUUCUCAAGUCCAUCAGCGAUGUAUCAUCACGUGAGUCAACAACACCCUGACAAGCCGUCCCCCAGUAGCAGGCCUCGCAAGCAGUAGCGACCGCCACACAGU